AUGAAUUGCGGCAACGUGACCGAGUCGCAGAUCAUCGGCUUCCUUUACCUGGUUAACAACCGAGCGCGCCUGCAGAUUGGCAAGGUGUUCAGGCAAGCGCUUGCAGCGCUGCCUGAAGCACCUGCGGGCAUCUGGGCCCACCAGAUGGACGACCCGCCCGACACGGACAGCCCGCAGCGCGCGCGGCAGUGCCAGUACCUGUAUGAGCGGGUGCUGCACGCCGUGCUGCGCACCGCGCUGGCUGAGGAGGCGGCGGCGGCCAGCGAGGGCCAGGGCGAGGGCGCGGCGGAGCUGACGGCGGCGCAGCGGCAUGCCACCGUGGAGCGGGCGCUGGAGGAUGAGGACAUGCAGCUGGGGCUCAUCACCGCCUGCGUCGAGGUGGUAAACUUCGCGUACCUGCGCAGCGGUGACCGCGCCUUCCCCUGGGUGACGCUGCAGCUGGGGCGCAUGCACCACACGCUGGAGCUGUGGCAGGGCUGCGACUGGAUCGUGGACCAUACAGAGAGGCCGCCGGAGGGCACCGAGGGCUGCGUGCCUGGCAUACCGGAGGAGGUGGCUGAGUACCUGGCCGCCAUCCAGGCGGGUGUGCGUGUGGAGGAGGAGCUGGCCUUCAUCGACGGCUCCGCCAUCUUCAGGCGCAUCAUGGCCACGGGCGCCAGCUGGGCGGGGCCCGGCAGCAGCAACCCCGCGGAGGCCGCAGGAGCUGCAGAGGCUGCAGACGUCGACAUGGACGGCAGCGACACUGGCAGCCCUGGGAAGGGGCGCGGGCAGCAGGGUCGGCGCCGCAAGUACGGCGGGCGCUCCACCGUCGAUGCGGUGCUGGUGGGUCGCUUCCUGUCCAACCUGGGGCGCACCGCCAUGCUGCGCACCUUCAGCGUGUGCAAGGAGGUGCUGGCGCAGUUCCCGGCGCUGCACCUCGCCUGCCCAGCGCUGCCGGAGCGCGUGUGCGUGGUGAUGGAUGUGCUGCUGAGCGAGCACCUGGAGCUGGUGUUUGGCCAGCACCUGUCUGUCUGCCUGGCCUGCGCCAUCUAUUACACGGUGCGGCUGCACGGCGAGAUGCUGCCCUUUCGCAAGAUCACGUGGCUCAUGGCUGAGGUGCUGCCCCACCACGACGAGGCCACCUUCAGCCGGGUGGAGCUGCCCCCCGAGGACGGCACCGGCUGGGACGGCAGCCGCGACUACGGCGACACCCGCGCCUACUACAACCGAGUCUUCCUGCCUCCCUUUGCCGCCUACGACGCCAGCCAGCUGUUUGGGGAUGACCUGGCCCCCACCCCCUCCAGGCGCCUCCUGGAGGCGCCUCAGCCAGCCACUCGCAGCGGCACUGCUGGCGACGGUGGCAAGCACGCGUCAGAGGGUGGGCAGGAGGCAGGCGCGGCCGGGCACAAGCAGCUCAGGAAGCAGCAGCGCCGCCCGCUGGGCCUGGUCAGCACAAACAGCAAGGCGUCAGCGGGGCACUGA